UCCAUUCAUUGGUGUGCGUUAUCAUACUGUACGUAAAUAAAUUUUAUUCUCUGACUCAUAAAUUCGGGAUAGGCUUUUUUAAAAAAAAAAUGUCUAAAAACAUAGUGUUCGAGGGUUGGCUUACGAAAUCACCACCUUCGAAACGUAUUUGGAGAACUAAAUGGCGGAGAAGGUGGUUUGCCUUGCGACAGUCGGGUGAGCUCCCAGGGCAAUAUUUCCUAGAUUAUUAUGCCGACCGUAAUUGCAGACGGCUCAAGGGUACGAUCAACUUAGAUUUCUGUGAGCAGGUGGAUGCUGGAUUGCAUAUGGAACGUACAAAUCAAGGAGCACCAGACCCAAAGCUACGUGGCUCUGUAUUCACAAUUCAAACGCAAACACGAACAUACCAUCUUGAAGCUGAUUGUGAAUCCGAAAUGGAAAAAUGGGUCGAUGCAAUCUGUAGUGUAUGUGGUUUACGUGCAACUGAUGAAAUGCCAAGUUUUUCUGGCAUAUACCAAAACCAUGCAGUGGCUGUAGACAAUCACCCGCAUGCAAGGUCAAGAUCUAAUUCAAAUUUCCAACCAGCAACACCCGCUGUCAAUGGUCAAGCUAGCUCAUCACCAGCUGUAAAUAAUGUUCACUACACUGCUGUAGCUACGAAUGACCAACAUAAUUCCUUGGUAUCUAAUGAUCAAGAAAUUGCCAUUGCCCUCGCAAAUGAUCAGUAUGAUUGCGGUGAAAGCACUGGACCAUAUAUUCCAAUAUCGGAAUGCAUUACAGGUGUUCGUGCUCCGGAUACUCAAAGAGCAUUCACAUUUGAUCCUAAAAAUAUUGUAACCAGCACAAAAACCUUUGAUAAGUCUGACGCUAGCAACAAAUUCAAAACAUAUUCGUAUCACGGCACACCUCAGAUACGCAUUAACAAUGUUGCAGUUGAAUCGGAAAACGAUUCUAACAGUGAGGACGAAUGUAGAUCACUGAACGCUAGUCAAUAUAACAUAGGGGAGGUAACGGUGGCGAAAAGUUUCACAAGGUUGAACAUAAAUUCACAACGCAAUAAUGGAACUGGUGAUGAUGGACCGCCGGUACCUCCGCGUCCACCGAAAACGUUCUCAUUGAACAAAGAUUUAGCGCAUCGUGAAUCUUUCCAUGGACCGAAAGUUCAAGAACCAAUCGAAUUUCAAGAAAAUACUUCUCCAUUCCCCUGGAUUUGCUUGCCACGUCAAACGCACCACAACACGGCGCCUUCGUCUCCCGGCCGUUCCGUCAUCAGCCACUGCGUCCGGACCACGGAUGAUGAAGAUGAUGCCGCUAUGGGACAUUCAAUGCAGUACUGCAAUCUUUCGACGCUACCGCCGGCUGUCGAUAGGGCGUUAAAACCUCGUCAUUCAAGUCACAGCAUCGGCAAUAUGUACAACUUCUCUGGAUUGGGAAUAUGUGACGAAUCGAAACCGGAUGUAUUGCAGUAUUUAGAUCUCGAUCUUCAUACGUCUACACCUCCUUCGUCUAAUUCGCAAGACUUCAAGAAAUUAAGCAUUAUACACGGAAAAUCGCAUUCCUCUGCUGAUGCCGAUUCUGCGUAUAAAACCGUGGACUUCUUGAAGACAGAGGCGUUCAACAUCACACGUCAGGAUGCUGAAGCUUCUCGGAGCGUGCAACAAUGAUUGAGCCCUGACAUGGGUAGGAUCUAUAAACUAGUGAUAAACCCUAAUGACUUGUUCAUACGUUAAGAGAUGGACGCUCUCUGACUAUGAGACGAACUCUUGGAAUUGUGUUGUGUAAAUAUAGGAUAUGACCGAACGCGAGGGAACGAUCGCAACUGUAAGUUUUAUGUUUUAUUAUAUCGACGAGAUACCUUAAAGUAUUAUUUUACAUGUGUGCAAAUGUUUAUCGACAUGCAUAGUUUAGGACAGCACUAAUUGCGUUUUGCCUAUUAUGAUAUUCAAAGGUACUUGUAAUACUACUUGUAAUAAAUGUUUGGAUUUUGUUCCUUAUUUUUUUUCCGAAAUUCAGUUGUUUCUCGACCAUGAUUUUAUACUACGAACUUGAUCUUUGAUUCUCGUUUGGGCAAAUUGUUAUUAGUGCGUAUUUAUGACGUCAUGUGUGCUCUCUCUUUCUCUCUCUUUACAUAUUCGUACAUGUUGAUAUUUCACUUCGAUAUUAAGCACUUUUAGUUCAAUGACAAUUUAUCUGAGUGUAAAUUAAAGAACGGAUAAUGAGUUUCGUGUAAUUACGUCACAGAGUAUAAUAGCAUCAUAUUUAUUUAGAUUUGUUGAAAAAUUUUAAGCUAUAAUUUUUAAUGUUAUAACGUUCUUUAUCAUCAAAUUACGAUAUAUAAAUUCAAAAUUGAAAAUUAUUUAUGCUUUUAUUAUAUUCCGUGGAAGAUAAAUGAUGGCGUAUUGAACAUCGUUUAAUUGGCAACUUCAGUUCUGGCGUCUACUCGCUGAACACAAGAAAUGCUUUUAACGGUCUCUUUUUUAGCAAUUCCCAGUUUUUAUUAUAAACGUUCUCUUUGUUCAAAUUGUAUUGUAGCUGGCAGGAUAUUCAUCCAGAUUCUUAUGUUCUCGUGAUAUAUUAAAUAUUUUACAAGACAAUUUUACUAACAAAUUAUUUUAUCAAAUCAUUCAAUACAAAACAAACAGACUGAAUAAAAAUAGAUUCUAGUUAAAACGGAACAAGGUUUUAAAUCUAUUAUUCAAACACGAAAUGGCGAUUGUGCAAAAAAUCGUUUUACAUAAUUGAAUGAACUCCGAUCGCUUCGACUGCAACAACAUCGAUCUAAAAUCUACUUCAUUUUCUUAUCUCGAGCUCGCGUAAUCGUAUUAAUUAAAAUCGAUUCCACGAGAUUAAGUUUCUAAAAAAAAAAACUAAAACAUAUUGGACAGGUUUUUUACGUUCGGACAUUUUUUUUCCAGCAACUAUCCCAUUUUUAUAGAAAACUUAAUACAAUCAAUGUAGAUUAAAAAACAAAAAGAUAACGAUUUUUGUAUUUUUUUACACCAUCAAUAGUAAUUCUUUGCAAAAGAAAACGUUUCAGUAUUACAGAAAAAGAUCUUAUAUGAUGACUUUGGUCUCUUCACUUUUUAACGUGGGAGCUGAAGUGACUCCUCCAGUAGUUGUAUAAUAUUGUUUCGAGCAACUAAUAAAAUGUUCGUAUCGAUCUAUGCGUUUUUUAGUGCAUUGGUACAGUUCGUGCGUCCGAAGUAAAUUAAUAAAAAGUAAUAUAAAUAGGCGAUGUCUAGUUUAAUUUUGCCUUUGCAGAGGUAAAAUAAUUUACAAAUCUUGUAGCCUCGUUUUAAAAGGGCCAAAGUAUAUUUCUGUGUAACAUUCUAAACAUAUAUUUCCAUUUGCCAAAUAAUUUGAAGGAUAAUGCAUAUGUUUAUGCUUAUAUGGCAUAACCAAAACAUUACUAAUCCCAACUAUAUUACGCAUUAAGUUAUGUAAACAACCAACAUAGUUAUCAGAAUAAAAUCAAUGAACAGACAUUGAAUUUGUUCUGAUAACACUAAAGUACUACCCUUACUUUUUUAUAUUGGCCCUUUUAGGAUCAGACCACAGAAAGACUUACUCAGAUAAAGCAAUGAUAUUCUCUUCGAUUUCUCAGUAUUUUAAAGAGUAUAACAAGCGCGUGUACUUUAAAUAUGUAAUAAUAUCGUACAAAAUAUUUAAUUAUCAGUUACUUUUUUAUAUUUUAAUGUGUAUAUUUCACCGUAAAAUUGUAAAUAUUGUUAGAUUAUAAUCUAUCUCGCGAGAUUAUAAACUAUCAAAAGUUUACGAACGGUGAUUUAGUUUACAAUAAAAACGAACACAAUUUCGAUAGUUUAUAACGAUACCUUUUGGUUAGGUUAGUUUUUAAAAUCUAAUUGACUUAGGUAGAUUAUAAUCUACUAAAAAUGAUUCGUUAAUUAGGAAGCAGUAGGUUACGGUUUUCAAUCAUUCGACAGUUUACAAUCUCGCGAGAUAGAUUACAAUCUAACAGUAACAUCAUAAUUAUAUAUCAGUACAUUUGACAAUACCAACUCCUAUAUAAUUUUAUUUUGAGUUAUAUUCUGAGAUUUACUUUGAAUCGAUAUUUAAACUUAACUGUCAUUUAGUCUAUUAGGGUUUAAAUUACUUCGGACGGUAAGAGUAAUCUCUUAAAAACGUUAUUUGACAAUGAUAUUUAUACAAAAAGUUAGACGACGCGUCUUUCGUUUUUUUUUUUAAAACAAAAUUCGUCUAGCAUUAUUUUUAUUUUUAUCGCAUUUGAAUGGUUUGAUGGCAACGUUAUUAAUUCAAAAUUAUUAUGUAUCUGUGGGACAUGGUGUUGCCAGUGACGUUCCUUUUAUGUUUAAACAAACAUUGAAACAUUAUACAUAUUUUAUUACUACAGCAUUAACACUCUAUUUUUAUUUAUAUACCUUCUCGCACUUAUAUAUUUGUCGCUUUGAAAAUAUUUUAAACUAUACUUGUACAACAAAAAUACACAUUAAAAUCAUUAUAUUAUUAUAUAAAUUCGAUGAAAUAUUGUAUUAUAAAUAUUGUAGUUAAUAAUUCGUGUGUUAUUAAAUAAUUGAAUAUAAUUAUAUGUCUACUGUAAUUAAUAUUAAAGCGCUAAUAUCAUAGGACAAUAUAUGUUAUAUAUAUAUAGAUCUAAUCACUCGAGAAGCUCGCCGGUCCACGUUUAAUUGUUAUUUUUUAAUAAAAUAAAUUGAACAAAAAUAAUUUAAUUUGUACUUUACGUUUAAGUAGUCUCACACAGACGAAUACCUCUUUGUAUAACGCACGCCGAUACAAAUUUAACGUGGAGAGGAGCGCCUUUGUGAUUGAAUCGAUCUAUGUAUAUGAUAUAUAUUCACGUUCAUAUUACGUUGAAAAGCGAUUUUUGACGGUAUUAAAAUAUAUCAGAAAUUAUUGUGUAGAUGUAUAAUGACGUUAUAUAUUUAACAAUUGGCUUAUUAUACAUUCUUAGGUUCAGGAUACAGAUGACUAAAAUAAAAUAAAUAAUAACAUUUAUUACAUAAUAUUAUGGCAAAAUUGAUUUUGGAAAAAGCCAACACGAUUUUUGAUUUGAAAACAUUUCGUGAAAUUUAAAAAAUGUAAAUUCUUAAAGAUUGGAGUUUUUCACAUAUAUUUCUUAUAGUUUAUUUUUAUUAAAAUCCCAAUAACUCCGAAAUCAAACAAAAUACUUUAUCAGAUAUUUUUGUUGCUUAUUGCGUUUCCACACGAUGUUUAUGGUCAUACUUUAAACGUAUAUAUUAUAUGUAGUUAAUAUUUAUUACAUUAUUAUUAAUAAUACUAUCGAAUCUAUUAUUAUUCAUGUUAUAUCUAAGUAAUAAAUAGAUUCAUAUAUAACAGUAUAUUAUAAAUGUAUAGGUACUAAUUGUCUUAAAAUAAUGUCACGGUUAAUAUGGCAUUGUUGUGCCUUAGAUAUGUUAGUAUCAUUUCUAUCUAUUGUAAAUUUAAUACACCACUAUUAUUAUAGUUUAUAUUUAUGUAAAUAUGAAUGAAAAAGUGAAAAUGUUGUAUUUGAGUAACAGAUGUGUAAAAGUUAUAAUAUUAAUAAUAUCGACGAAAACUAUACAACCGUUCUACCAAAUUAAUUCAAAUAGUGUGUAUAGUAAGUUUAAAAUUUAAAUUAGGGAUAGUUUUAUAGAACGCACAUAAAUGAUGUCCUACACGAUUAAAAACUUAGUAUUCGAAGUUGUUAAGUUCGAAAGCGGGUUUCGAUAACAGAUAUCAGAUAUGCCCCCGAUCAUUAACGAUUCUAUCUCGAAUUAUUUCUUCUAUACGGAUUCUUGAACGAUGAUUUUAACUUUUUAAUUCGAAAACGAUACGAUUAUUCAUAUCUAGUAGAGAACGUAAAAUAAAAUUAUUGUACAUUUUAUGUUUUGAUGAGAAGGGAGCACCAGUAGUACAGACUCCAGUUGAUCAACUCUAGUAAUCUUAAAUCUUAUAUCGUAUAUAUAACAUUUAAAUUUACAAUUUUAAUGAUAGAAAUGAGGGUAUGCAACAAUUCUAUAGUACUUAAAAAUAUUUGAAUGUCUAACAUAGACAUUCUGAAAUAGUAGGCUUGACUAUAGCGUACAAUAGUUUCGUAGGCCGCAAUACAUAGUUCUAUGUCUCAAAUUCAGAAUAAACAUUAAUACAUGAAUAUACCAUAUAUAUAUAUUUCUUCAUGUCGAUUAAAAGGUGUAAAAUAAAAUACGUUUGUUGAGUAUACGUACAAUUAUUGUAAAGCGAUUUAUGAACGUCGAUUUGUAGUGUCUUCGUGUGUACCGCGAUCGUAUAGCGCGUGCACAUUUGUCUAAAGUUAUACGCUGCGAUUUACACGUAACAGAUCUAUGCAAACUGUCAUCAUCAUCAAAUUAGGUAAUAAAUAUAUUAUUUUGUCGAGUGUGUGUUAUAUUGUAUGCUAUGCGAUCAAUUUAAUAAAGAUUAACUAAAAAGUCGACCGUAUGAAUGUAUUGUAUAUAAACUGUAACUAAUAUUAGCCUAAAAUUAAUAAAUACACACAGACUUAGGUGAACGAAACAUAAGUUCGUCUAGGUUAUCUGUGAAUGCAAAUCGCUGGCAUGCACAACUAUAUCGUAUAUCUGACAUUUCACCUGUUACACAUAUAUACAAGUAUUCACUUAUAAUAAAAACAUGCCUAAACUCUAUUUAUACUUUUGUAUAUAAGUAUUACUCCAGUAUUACUCCAAAUUGACUAUUUCACAAUAGAACAUUUGAACGUUAAGAACGAUAAGUCGACAAAUCUAUAUAUUACGUGAUGAGAAAACUUUGUAUCACUUUUUAAUCAAAUUGUGCGCACAGAGGUGUGUGUAAUUUGCUAUAGUUAAAAUGUAUAGGGAAAAGCUGUUCAGAAAACUAAAACGUCUUUGUGUGUGAUAUAAUACUUAAUGAACUAAAAUAUUAAGAGUUUAUGUUAAACUUAAAAAUCAAU